CUGGACGGCAGCGGCUCUCAGAGGCCGACGGACCCUCGCCGUGAUCACAUUCCACCGGCUGCGGUCUCUCUCCGCGCUGUCUCUCGAGCUUCUCCGGCGCCACCCAUAAAAACACAGCAUCAUGUCUGACGACGAGGAGGUUUACUCUUCUGAGGAAGAAGAGGAGGUUAGCGAGGAGGAGGAGGAGGCUCCCAAACAGGAGGAGCCGAAGCCUGCAAAGCAUGCUGAGGAGAAGAAAGAGGAGAACAUCUUCACUCACCGGCAGCAGACCACCACCUCCGAGUUGGAUGAACAGCUCAAAGAGUACAUCGCCGAGUGGCGCAAACAGCGCGCCAAGGAGGAGGAAGAGCUGAAAAACCUGCGCGAGAAACAGGCCAAGCGCAAGGUCCUGCGUGCCGAGGAGGAGAAGCGCCUGGCGGCCGCCAAGAAGGUCGAGGAUGAGCGCCGUCUGCGCGAACAGGAGGAGAAGAAGCAGCGCGAGGUGGAGGAAAAGCGCCGCCGCCUCGAGGAGGCCGAGAAGAAACGCCAGCUGCUCGAGCAGGCCUCCAAAGCCACCGCCGGAGGAAAGAUCAAAAUCAGCAAGAGCGGAGACGCGACCAGCUCCACGCCCGCCAAGGCCGAGGUCAUGAAGACCAAGGAGCAGCUGGCCGAGGAGAAACAGCUCGCCAUGAGCGUCCGCAUCAAGAAACUCAACCUGGACGGCAUGGGUCUGGAGUCGCUCAAAAAGAAGGCCGAUGACCUGUGGACACAGCUGGUGCAGCUCGAGACCGACAAGUACGACCUCGAGGAGCGCCAGAAGCGCCAGGACUACGACCUCAAAGAGCUCAGGGAGCGGCAAAAGAUGCAGCUCCGCCACAAAGCUCUUAAGAAAGGACUUGACCCCGAGGCCCUGACUGGAAAGCACCCGCCCAAGAUCCAGACCGCCUCCAAGUUUGAGCGCACCAUCGACCGCCGGACCUACGUCGACAAGAAGGAUCUCUUCGCCGGCGGAUGGGACAAUAUCAAUAAAGAACACCUCGAAAAGGAGUGGGGUGAGAAGAAACAGGAGUGGGAAAAGCGGCCCAAGACGCGCCUCCCAAAGUGGUUCGGUGAGCGACCCGGCAAGAAGUCGGAUGACCCCGAGACCCCCCAGGAGGAGGAGAAGGAGGAGGAGCUAGUACCCCCGGCCGAGAUCGAGCCCGAACCCCUGGAGGAAGAGGAGGAAGAGAGUGAGGAAGAAGAGGAGGAGGAGGAAGAGGAAGAAGAGGAGGAGGAGGAAGAGGAAUAAACUCUUCCAAAUUCUCAUUCAUGGUCCGGCGAUCGGUUCCGUCCGCUGACGUGCUGCGGGCAGCGGCAGCGCCCUCUACAACAUCGUGAGCGAUCACAGCGCCACCUACACGGUCCGGGCACGGCCGGCCGGGGCCCACCCAGCCCAGUCCCGACCGACCGGUCCCGCCGUAGCGGCCUGCUGGGCCCCAGUGCGCGGCGUCCGCCGGUCGCCGGGCCGAAUCUGUGUGCCUCAUAUGUCUCCCGAUGCUCGUGACGCUUCUGUUGCCUCUGUUGUACUUUGACGACUCAUAAAUGACUCGGUACGUAA